AUGUCUUCUCAAAGUAGUUCGCCAACUGAAGCCACCAAUACUGAACCAAAUGGUCAAGUGUAAGUUGUACUUAUUUUUGGUUAUGAAAAAUUGAGCAGAAUAUAAGAAAUAUAGAGACACUUUUUGGCACAAAAUAUCCAUUUUUGGUCAAAAUGAUAAUUCUCUCAAGUUUCUUCAGAAAAAAAAAAUAUACUCCCCAAAUUUUCUCAUGUUACCAAUAUUUUUCCAGAUGGUUGAGCCUCGUUCCCAAUCAAAAAUGUCACAAAAUUGAGGAUAAACUGAGAGGAUUUGAUGUGAGAAAAAAACCAGGAACGGAGUACUGUGAACUACACUUCGUGAGUUUUUUUUCUCUAGAAAAGAGAUCAAGAAACUGAAGAAAAUACAGAAAUUUAAAUAAGAAAUUUAAAAAAUUUCAUGAGGACUAGUAUGAAAUCAACUUCCUUUUUUGUUUUUUAGAAGGAAUUUUUUGGAAGAGCUCAUGGAGCAUUUUUCAAUUUUUUUUUUCAAAAAAGUCUUGAGAAACAGAAAAACUGACUUCCUUGAGAAACACACAUUUUGUGAAAAUGCAAUGACGUGUCACGUCACGUCAAAAUAAUAAUAAUAAUAUUCUUUCUCUAGAAUUUCUCGUAAAUCUAAACAAUUAUUUUCAUUCUAUGAUGUUUUUAAAUCAUGAUUUGGUUUAAAAAAUCAGAAUUUCUCGAAAUUAAAAAAAUUCAACAGAAAAAUAUUGUGAUAUUGGUUUCGAAAUUAUUUCUAGUAAAAAAUACGGUGCUAGGUAUUUUUCCCGAGUACACCUCAACUGAAAUGUUGAUUUUUUUGAAGAAAAUGAUCAUAAUCACUAGGAAUCUUUAAAAAAUCUGGGAAACGUUUUUCAAACACUGUUUUUAUUUACUGCCACAUCUCGGCCAAAAUCGUGGUUCCCACAAAAAAUUGAAACAGAAACAUUUAACCUCGUUUUCAGAAGAAAAUACAUUUUGUUACAGCGAAAAUUUGACGAUUAUUCAAAAUUCAUGUCGGCAAAUCCAACUCUCGCCCCAACUUUGAAUCACAAACUGCAAUUUAUGAAUAUUAAUCAACAUGUGGGAAAGGAUAUAAUGAUGGCAAAUCUGAACGAAAAAUGGAAAAUCAAAUCGAUCGAAAAAAAAAUCGGGAAAACUGAAGCAAUUGUCGAAUUUGAGUCGCAUCUGGACGUGGCUAACGCCCUCAAAUUUUUCAACCAACAAGCAGUAUUUGGGUUCGGGUUAGUUUCUCGGUUUUUUUUCAUUAUGUUUCAAAAUCAUGAUUUAGAAGUGCACAUUUUCAAACCAAGGUAAUUCCGUAUUUCGAAGAAAACCACGAGACAACAGUUGUUGCAGGUGAUUAUAAGUAAGUUUUAUCAAGUGUCGGAAUGAGCUUUAUUUUCUCAUUAUUUGGAAAAAUUGACGUGAGGAAAAAGGGUUUCUUUUGAAAAAAGACUGUUCCUGUGGACUAACAACCCUAGUCUAUAAAUUUCUAUAAUUUCAUUGUUUUAUUCAAAAAUGUUGUAAAAUGAAUUAUUACAGGAUGGUUAUUGCCGAUGAAAACAACAAACCGCUUAUGAAAUAUGCUCAAACUGCAGAGAAAUUGAAAAAUUCUCACGAAACGAGAAAAAGAAGCCAAGAAGAGGAAUUGUUCGACAUGUUGGAUUUGGAGAAGAGAAAAUGUGUUGAUGAGGAAGAAAUUGAAUGUUUCAUAAAAGGUGAGUCAAUAUAAAUUACUGACAAUGUGAGGUUUUGGAAACUCCAAAACAAACAGUAUUUCAGCAUCCUUUCUUGAGUUGACUUAACUUCUACUUUGAAAUUUUUUUUACAGAUGUUGGUAGUAUAAUGAGCAAAGUCAAAGAAAGAAAUAAAGAAAAUAGUGCUAAAAUUGAGAGCAAAUGGCAGAGUAAGUUUGAAUUCUCGAAUUUUUAAUUGAAAAUUUUCUAAUUUUAGAGUUGAAAAGUGUGAUGAAAAAAAAGGAGGAAGAUCCUGCAACACCCGAUUCGCCGUAA